GACGCUGCCGCCCCUGGCAGUCGGAAGUUGCCUGAGCAGAGCCUAGCCGGCCGGCCCGACCUGCCUUAGUCGUCCCUGGGCGCUCUCCGAGAGUCGCUGAGAAGUGGACGGACUGACCGCCUGAGGACAGCAGCAAGGCAGCUAAAUCGCCUACCCUAUGGCACGAGUGGCGUGAGGCGGAAGGCCGAGUGCGGGCGGCGGCGCCCGCUCCAGCGAUGCGGGCCCCGCCCGUCGCCUCAGGUGCCAUUUGGAUAGUCCUUUAGUGGCAUGAUGUACUCUGAGUGGAGGUCACUGCAUUUGGUGAUUCAGAAUGAUCAGGGCCACACCAGUGUGCUGCAUAGCUAUCCAGAGAGUGUUGGGCGAGAGGUGGCAAAUGCAGUGGUCCAUCCUCUUGGGCUGGCUUUAGGUACCCCUUCAGUGACUGGUAGUGAGUGUUUGUUAAAAACUGACAAAGAAGUAAAAUGGACCAUGGAAGUAAUUUGCUAUGGACUGACUCUUCCAUUGGAUGGAGAGACUGUAAAAUAUUGUGUUGAUGUAUAUACAGACUGGAUUAUGGCCUUAGUGUUGCCGAAAGAUUCUAUUCCAUUGCCAGUUAUUAAAGAGCCUAAUCUAUAUGUUCAAAGUAUACUAAAACACCUACAAAAUCUUUUUGUACCAAGACAGGAACAGGGCUCCAGUCAGAUCAGACUAUGCUUACAGGUCCUGAGAGCCAUUCAGAAACUGGCUCGUGAGUCAUCCAUCAUGGCCCGAGAAACCUGGGAAGUCUUACUAUUGUUUCUUCUGCAGAUUAACGAUAUACUUCUAGCCCCGCCAACUGUUCAAGGUGGCAUUGCUGAGAAUCUAGCAGAGAAGUUGAUUGGUGUUCUCUUUGAGGUUUGGUUACUAGCUUGUACUCGGUGCUUCCCAACACCUCCGUACUGGAAAACGGCCAAGGAGAUGGUGGCUAACUGGAGGCACCACCCAGCAGUGGUAGAGCAGUGGAGCAAGGUCAUCUGUGCACUCACGUCAAGAUUGCUGCGCUUUACAUAUGGUCCUUCAUUUCCUCCAUUUAAAGUUCCUGAUGAAGAUGCCAGUCUGAUCCCUCCUGAAAUGGAUAAUGAGUGUGUUGCACAGACAUGGUUUCGCUUUUUACAUAUGUUAAGUAAUCCUGUGGAUUUGAGUAACCCAGCCAUUAUAAGCUCUACUCCCAAAUUUCAGGAACAGUUCUUGAAUGUGAGCGGAAUGCCACAAGAAUUGAAUCAGUAUCCCUGCCUUAAACAUCUGCCUCAGAUAUUUUUUCGUGCCAUGCGUGGAAUCAGCUGUCUGGUGGAUGCAUUCUUAGGCAUUUCUAGACCCCGAUCAGACAGUGCUCCUCCAACACCUGUGAAUAGAUUAAGUAUGCCUCAGAGCACUGCUGUCAAUACCACCCCACCACAUAACCGGAGGCACCGGGCUGUUACUGUGAAUAAGGUCACCAUGAAGACAAGCGCAGUUAGUACUGCUCAUGCCUCAAAAGUUCAGCACCAGACAUCUUCAACCUCUCCUCUCUCAAGUCCAAAUCAGACUAGUUCAGAACCCCGACCACUGCCUGCCCCUCGGAGACCAAAGGUUAACAGCAUCUUGAAUCUGUUCGGAUCAUGGUUAUUUGAUGCAGCAUUUGUUCACUGUAAACUUCAUAAUGGGAUAAACAGAGACAGCAGCAUGACUGCCAUUACAACACAAGCUAGCAUGGAGUUUCGACGGAAAGGGUCACAAAUGUCCACAGACACCAUGGUUUCCAAUCCUAUGUUUGAUGCAAGUGAAUUUCCUGAUAACUAUGAAGCAGGAAGAGCUGAGGCUUGUGGGACACUGUGUAGGAUUUUUUGUAGCAAGAAGACUGGAGAAGAGAUUCUGCCAGCUUAUUUAUCCAGAUUUUACAUGCUUUUAAUUCAAGGUUUGCAGAUAAAUGAUUAUGUGUGCCAUCCUGUCUUGGCCAGCGUUAUUCUAAACUCCCCUCCUUUGUUCUGCUGUGACUUGAAAGGAAUUGAUGUUGUGGUUCCUUACUUUAUUUCAGCUCUUGAAACCAUUUUGCCUGACAGGACGGAAAAUGAUGAAGCCAAAGAACUGGUGAUGGCAGUGUGGGUGGAAUGGGUGCUCAGGAAAGAUAGUAUGUUAUGCAGUGAGAAGGGAUACCCAGCAAAAAUCAAAUUAUUAUCUUUGCUAUUAAUUGGGUAUGUUAAUUGUUUAAAUAUUCUUGUCAUGUUUUUAAGUAAAAUACAUUGUUUUACUGUUGCAGGGGCAAUGUUAAAUAUUGUUCAAGAUUCAGCACUUUUGGAAGCCAUUGGUUGCCAAAUGGAGAUGGGUGGUGGAGAAAAUAACCUGAAGAGUCAUAGUCGCACUAAUAGUGGUAUUAGUUCAGCAAGUGGUGGAAGCACAGAGCCCACAACUCCCGAUAGUGAAAGACCUGCUCAAGCUCUUCUAAGGGAUUAUGCUCUUAAUACAGAUUCAGCCGCUGGGCUCCUGAUUCGCAGCAUUCAUCUCGUCACACAAAGACUCAACUCCCAGUGGCGGCAAGAUAUGAGCAUAUCACUGGCAGCUUUAGAGCUCCUCUCUGGCCUGGCAAAGGUGAAGGUGAUGGUUGACUCAGGAGACCGGAAGCGAGCCAUCAGUUCCGUGUGCAGCUACAUCGUGUACCAGUGUAGUCGUCCAGCUCCUCUUCACUCUCGGGAUCUGCACUCCAUGAUAGUAGCAGCCUUUCAGUGUCUCUGUGUCUGGCUGACAGAACACCCUGAUAUGCUUGAUGAAAAGGAUUGUCUUAAGGAAGUAUUGGAGAUCGUGGAGCUGGGUAUUUCAGGAAGUAAGUCCAAGAACAGUGAGCAAGAGGUCAAGUACAAAGGCGAUAAGGAGCCAAACCCUGCGUCUCUGAGGGUAAAGGAUGCUGCUGAGGCCACCCUAACAUGUAUUAUGCAGUUGCUUGGUGCAUUUCCUUCACCCAGUGGUCCUGCCUCUCCUUGUAGUCUGGUGAAUGAGACCACUUUGAUCAAAUACUCCAGGCUACCAACCAUAAACAGGCAUAGCUUUCGAUACUUUGUCUUGGAUAACAGCGUCAUCCUGGCAAUGCUGGAGCAACCUCUUGGAAAUGAACAGCAUGAUUUUUUCCCCUCUGUUACUGUGCUGGUCCGGGGAAUGUCUGGAAGACUUGCUUGGGCACAACAGCUUUGCCUUUUGCCCAGAGGAGCAAAAGCAAAUCAGAAGCUUUUUGUGCCUGAACCUCGUCCAGUUCCUAAAAAUGAUGUUGGAUUUAAAUACACCGUGAAACAUCGACCAUUUCCUGAAGAGGUGGAUAAGAUUCCUUUUGUGAAGGCAGAUCUGAGCAUUCCGGAUUUGCAUGAAAUUGUCACUGAAGAAUUAGAAGAAAGACAUGAAAAAUUAAGGAAUGGCAUGGCCCAGCAGAUUGCUUAUGAAAUUCACCUUGAACAACAAAGUGAGGAAGAAUUGCAGAAGAGAAGUUUUCCUGAUCCAGUUACAGAUUGUAAACCCCCACCUCCUGCCCAGGAAUUCCAAACAGCACGCCUUUUCCUUUCACACUUUGGAUUUUUGUCCUUAGAAGCAUUGAAGGAACCUGCAAAUAGUCGUCUACCUCCUCACCUUAUUGCCCUUGACUCCAUGAUACCUGGAUUUUUUGAUGACAUUGGGUAUUUGGAUCUCUUGCCAUGUCGUCCCUUCGACACAGUUUUUAUUUUCUAUAUGAAACCAGGUCAGAAAACAAACCAGGAGAUUUUGAAGAAUGUGGAAUCUUCCAGAAAUGUUCAGCCACAUUUCCUGGAAUUUUUGCUCUCCCUUGGCUGGUCAGUAGAUGUGGGCAAACACCCUGGUUGGACUGGGCAUGUUUCUACCAGUUGGUCUAUUAACAAUUGCAAUGAUAGUGAAGGAUCCGAACAAGAUGAAGUGAUUCCCUGCGAAGACAUUGGGGCCAGCAUUUUCAAUGGACAGAAGAAGGUGCUGUAUUAUGCUGAUGCCCUUACGGAAAUAGCUUUUGUAGUCCCUUCUCCUGUGGAGUCCUUAACUGAUUCAUUGGAAAGUAACAUCUCAGAUCAAGAUAGUGAUUCAAAUAUGGAUCUCAUGCCAGGAAUUCUGAAACAGCCAUCCCUGACACUUGAGCUUUUCCCUAAUCAUACAGACAACCUUAACUCCUCACAGAGGCUCAGUCCCAGUUCCAGAAUGAAGAAGCUGCCUCAGGGUCGCUCCGUGCCUCCCCUUGGACCAGAGACAAGAGUUUCUGUGGUCUGGGUGGAACGUUAUGAUGAUAUAGAAAAUUUUCCUCUCUCAGACCUGAUGACAGAGAUUAGUACUGGUGUGGAAACUACUGCAAAUAGUAGCACGUCUCUGAGAUCUACCACUCUUGAAAAAGAAGUUCCUGUCAUCUUUAUCCACCCUUUAAACACUGGAUUAUUCCGGAUAAAAAUUCAAGGAGCCACUGGAAAAUUUAACAUGGUCAUCCCUCUGGUGGAUGGAAUGAUUGUCAGCAGGCGAGCACUUGGUUUUCUGGUGAGGCAGACUGUAAUUAAUAUCUGUAGAAGAAAGAGAUUGGAGAGUGACUCCUACAGUCCACCACAUGUUCGCCGGAAACAGAAAAUCACCGAUAUUGUCAACAAGUACCGGAAUAAGCAGUUGGAGCCAGAAUUUUAUACUUCACUUUUCCAGGAAGUUGGACUCAAGAACUGCAGUUCUUAGACCACUGUCUGUCUAGGAUUAUUGAACUCCAGUUUGGGACUUUAAUAUCAAAGCAAAACAAUUUGAUAGGUAAUCACUGUAAAAAUAAAAACAAAUCACUCCCCAAGAGCUUACUGUUUAACUAACAGAGUAGAAGAAACACAUUAUAAACCCAUUUGGUAGAAGACUUUUGGCUUUCUAGUGAAUGGGCUCCCAGACACAAUCAUAUUCCUGCUGGUAAUAAUGAUACACAUUUUAGCCAUAAACUUUCUUUUAAAAGUGACAAUUUUAGUCAAAUAUAAGCCUUUUGAGGAGAAGGCUUUUAUGCAUCUUAGUUAAACACAUGCAUUGAUAGUAUCAAAUUUGCAAAUUAGACAUUGAUGAUAGUUUUAUACCUCACUUUUUUAGGAGGUUGUGUUCAAAUUAAAAUCUGUCUCAGAAUCUUCCAGAACAUUUAAAGACUCAUAUUAAAGAUAGCAUGGAAGAGAAGGAAAGAAAUCUCAACUUUCUGUUCACUCAUAGGUCCAUUUGUCAUCUAAUUGUCAUCCAUCUGUCAAACUGACAUAAAGAACAUAAAUGCUCUUUGUCAGAUAAGCCUGACAUUAAAAUAUUUUAUAUUUUCUCUCCACAUUCCAAAAAGUUACCAAUCUCAUCACUGUACAGAUCUGUCUGAAGGCCUCAGUUUUGGGCAGCCCAGGAACAGAUCUAAGACAGAGGCAUGACCCUGUCCUUUAACAAGGAUAUAAAUGGAGUUUGUGGAGUUAAAAGUUGGGAGAUAGCAGCGAUGCCUCCACCCUUUCCAUUACUAUCUAGCUUGGUGACAUAAUGACAGGUUAAACAUUCUUAAUUCCUUGGUUAAAUAUUGAGAAAUAUAAAUCCACAGCAAGGGUUGAAAAUUAUCUGGUUUUAUCCAUUGUCUCUUAUUUUAGGACCAAUCAGGAACCUGUAGUAGUUUAUGAACAGUUCUAAUUUGGGGUUCAGGAAAUAGCCUUUCAGGGCUACUAAUUCAGAUCUCUCCCAGAGAAUCACUGAAUUUCAUCAUAAUUAACAACAUCAGUGACCACCUCCUUGGGUGGCUGCUUUUAAAAUUGGCUGUUGUCCUGUUUUUUGGACUUCACUAGCUAAAGGCACAAGUCCCUGCCCAGGUUGUGGAAAUACUUGUGUUACUCGCUGCUACUUUUCCACCAGGGAGAAAUGUUUUGAGGUGGCUAGACCCAGAACAUCCUUACAAGGAUUCCUGUUACAAUACUAGAGUGUACACUGCUCAUUUCUCCUAUUUUUAUGUUUCUUCUCUAUUAAAAUUAUUUUGUGUUAAGAAAAUAAGUGACAUUUAAAAUCCAAAGAGGAGGGAUCACAGUUGUAUAAGGAAUUAUUUCCCACUUGAACUCUGAUGUCAGUAGAUUCUGUAGGUCAGGGGUAUAGUGGUCUAUUUGGUUUGACGUGUUGGUAGUUUAAUUAAGGCGUGGAGGUAGUGUAGGAUCUAAUCCCUGUGCAGAUACUUUCCGGAAUAUUUAUAUUCCGAAAGUAUGUAUUUUGUCGUCUAUGAUCAAGAAAUGUGGGCAUGGCAGCUCUUGGCUUUGUUUGCCAUACCCUUUUCUUCAUGUCUGCUUUAAGCUCAGGUAAAGUUAAACUCCUCCUAUUACAACUCCAUUUUCCAUUCAGGGUAUAAUAUUAUUCAGUCAUUGAUUUUCUUUUUAAUCUGGGCAAUAAACUGAUUUACUUUCAAAUAGUAGUAUGGGGUAGGGGGGUGUAUGAUAAAGAUUAGCAGGUUCUACUCUAAAAAUACGUUAGUAGCUCAGCAGGUAUAAGGUGAAGUUUAACAACUUUCAUGGAAAUUCCAGGUUGACAUUUCAAGAGAAAAAUGGGCCCUUGCUCUUGUGAACGUGAAACAAAAAACUUAAAAUUGAUGUGCAACUUUAAACACUCCAGAGGUUAAAAAGAACUGAUGCAGGUGUACUUCCUCAGUGUGGUUCUUCAGAUAAAACUUUUAUUUUUGUCAUGGUUUUACUGUCAGCAGGAUGUACUGUGGUGUGUGUUGGGAGUAGAUUUCCUGAUCCUUCAAUUUGCUCUAAUUUCUGGCAAGCCUUUUGUAAUUCAAAUGGCUUUGAUAAGUGAACGGCUUUGUUGAAUGCAGUUUGUGAUCUGGAAGACUUUGUGGUCUCCCAGGGAAGGAGGGAUGGAUUCAGGACUGUUCAUGAAGCCCCCAAAGGCAUGAAACCCCAGUGUGCACAGCACAAACAGAAUAUGGGAUGCAUAUACCUCAUCAGGUGCUGGUUCUUCUGCUCAAAAUAACAUUUACCUAAAACAGGAGUGUGGUAAGAACCUUUGGACCUUUCACUACUACGGGUUUGAGUUCAUGGUCACUAAGUUCACCCAACUGCCUUUAUUAAAAAUCACUUUGAGUACAGUCAUGCCAAAAAAGCAUAUUUUAUCCCUAAUAAAUAAUCUUAAGUAGCCUAGUUGAUAAAUUUGCUAGCAUAUGUUCAUAACCUUUGGGGGGAAGCCAGGACCGCUUAGGUCUGUAGCUUAAACAGUUAAGUUGCUGCAUGUGAUGUGGUACUGGAGGUGGGUGGAUGUGGCAUAUCUGAUACAGAAAGCACUAUCCAGGGAAUAGAGGUAGCCCUUGAUAGUCCCUUAUCGCAUUUGGAAGAUGGGGGCUUUCAUCUUCCUCUCUGGUUAGGAACACUGAGGAAGAGAGGAGGGCUUUUGCCUUUUCUUCUUCAACCAAGCUCUCCCUUUUGUCCAGUAGGUCAUCCUGAGACCUCCUCUUGUCCAUUGGCUCUUUGAAAGGAACAGUUACAAGGUCGGUUGCCCUCCUCCUGCCAUGGACAUACACAUACACACGCGCGCGUGCACACACACAUGCAUGCUGUCCUCCAUUUCCGUGUCCUCUAUUUCAGGGUAUCCCCUUCUCUGGACUCAUAAAUAAAAAAAUACCUACAUCUUUGGCAGGCUGUAUAUCUGAGACCUUCAUGAAUUGUUACUUUCUAUAUAAUCUGGGAAAGCAUUUGUCAGGCUCUGCAGAGUGGUUUUUAGAGAGGCAGAGUCUUCAGAGUGUUUAUUGAUACUGGAAGGUGGGAUUUCAGCCAAAGUGGGAGUCAUUCUUGCUCAGACAUGUUCUGUGGUAGAUAGUGAAAAAUGUACUGGAGGUAAUUUGACACUCCUGCUAGCAGUGACUCCCCACUAAUACUCAUUCAGGUUAUAUCUUCCUGAAAAGAAUUGACUUACAUGUUUACAUGAGACAUAAGUUGAGUUAGAUGAUCUGUUUUAAGGAUUUCCAUGACAGCUUCUUUGCCUGAGAUGGAGAGAUUGGAGGUAAUCCACCUGCUUAAUGUGGAAUCAAACUGUGGGUUCUUGGUAGCUAAAGAAGCCAUGUACUGUAUAGUGUUUUUCUCAGAGUAUCAACUCAUCUUCAGAUGCUUUUCUUUUUUUAAUGGUGAGGGAAAAGGUAUAAUUUGGGAUUCCACAGUGCCUUGCAUAUAGUAGGCGCCCAAUGAAUAUUUGUUGAAGCAAACCAAGUUUCCCAAGUCCUUGUCCCUUACAGUGACCAAGAACAUCUUUCUCCUCUGAAGGGCUUGGCAGUUAUGACUAAAAAAUAAGCAGUAUCAUUAUUUGCUUGAAAUCAUAUAUACAGUUUGUAUGAAUUUCAGUAUGUUGCCAAGACAUGAUCUUUUUCUUAUUGUAUUUUCUGUAAAUAUUUCUGGCACUGAAUUGUAAAGGCGAAUGUAAAUAUGAAGGUGUACCCAUGUCCCCUUGCCUCCUGUGUUCUCUCUUCGUUGGUUAGGGACGAAGGCCCAGAGGCUUGUUUGGUAUUUAUGCCGCUCCUUUGUCCAGAAGAAACCCAUGGAAUAUUGAAUGUACUACAUUUAGUCAAUUAAAUUUUAAGAAGAUUCUUAUGUAAUUA